AGGCAGCAAACACAUGCCUUCUACUUCAUUUUAUUCUUCUUAAGCAUUUCUUUUCUUUGGUUUUGAUUUUUUCCUUUAAGAAGAGCACUCAUAACCUCUUCCAUUGUUGACGUGCCAACGAACCAUUACGGCUCGGGAAAACACACAAGAAACACCGUUUCACCGGCCUUCCCUCCCCCUUCUCUCUCUCUGAGCACCUCUUCAUUUGUUUCUGUUGUUGUUAUCCACGCACCACGCCCAACCAACAACAACAACCAAUGUUCAGCUUCGUGUGCGAGUACUUCAAGGCUGCCUCGCCAGUGCCGCUCGCCCUCAGUGCCACCUCCCCCGCCGCGCGCCGUGCGGUCGAGCGAUCGUCGCGCGGGUACGUCGUACAAGGUCUCCGCCUCCACCACGAGGAGUUCCGCAAGGACGAAGAAGUAUCCUGCCAUCGCCGCCCAACUCGCACCGUGUGCAUCCACGCAGAGUCAAUUCCAUUGACAUUUUUCCACGCUCUCUGGUGGAUUCGGAAGGACGGCGCGCACGUGCCGGUUGUGUUCCGCGCAGCUCGUCUCACCGGCAGCCUCUAUUACGGCGUCAACCUUCCUCCCGCGACGGAUGCUGUGGCUCCUGCGGAUGCCACCGUUGCGAGUGUGCUUUCGAUGCACGACCCUGCCGUUGCAUCGCUGGUACGGCGCACUGUUUCCCUCUUCGUUGGCGGGAGCCGUCUGCGGGCGGUGCAGCUGAACCCAUCGGCGGUGACCGAGUUGGAGCGCAUCGACGUCUCGAAUUGCCGCUGCCUCACGUCCCUGCAGUGGAGCCGUGCAGAGGCGGCGGCAGACGGCGCAGAAGACAGCGGCAGCAACAGCGCCGAGCAGCUUCACCACCUUCGAAUUCUGAAGGCGUCCUUCAGCGGGUUGGUCGUCUUCCCCGCCCCAACAUUGGCGGCAUGGGCGCCGGCUCUGACGACGGCGCUCCUCUCUGGCUGCCGUGCGCUGAGCCGGGAGCAGGUGAAUAACCUGCUGGACGACUGCCUGGAGCUGCGGGUGGCUCGCCUGGACUCCACGAAGCUGUCGAGCAUCGACUCCUUCGCUUUGACCUGCCCGCGCCUGUCGGAGCUGAACGUGUCGAACUGCGCGGACCUGCAAGACGUGUCCGCCCUCGCUGCGCUGUCGUCGCUGCGCGUGCUGGACCUGCACGGCAACGCCAGCCUCGCCUCGCUGGACGGCGUGGGCGGCGGCGGCCCCCUGCGCCGGCUCGAUAUUUCGCACUGCAAGCGGAUCUCGACACUGCGGCCGCUGGAGGGCCGCCUGACAAAAUUGGAGCGCUUCAACGCCUCCCACUGCUCGGGACUGCUGGACACGCAGCUGGGCGCCCUGCGGACGAGUCUGCUGCUGGAGGAGGUGAAGGUGAACCAGUGCCCCUCCUUGCGAGACUUUUCGGCGCUGUCGCACCACGCCAAUCUGACGGUCGUGGAGGCCGCCGACACCGCCAUCGCAGGCGUCGAUUUCCUCCGCUCCUGCACGGCGCUGGAACGGCUGUCCGUGGCGGGGUGUGCCAACCUGACGGACCUCACCGCCCUGCGUGGACUGUACAGGUUGGUCAGCGUGGAUGCGUGCCACUCCGGCGUGACGCGGAUGGCGGAGCUCUUGGACACGUGCUCUGCGCUGCGUGUGGUGCUCGUGCGGGACUGUGAGCUGGAUACGGAGAGCACAGACCGGCUGGAGGCGUGUGCGCCACGUAUUGCCUCUACGCACCGCGCCGUGAACAGCGGCAACAGCGCGCCAGUGACCGCGACAGCGUAA